AUGAGCGCGAUGUGCUGGGCAGACGUCGCGCGUAUCCAAGCGCUCAAACAGACGCUGAGCACCGGGACAAAUGCUGCUGCUGCUGCUGGCUGUGGGAUGCAAACGAAGCCGAGCGACACGUGUUCAAGAGGCCGCACGAGCUGUUCCAGCAGCCACGACGAGAUGUGGGACGACGACGACGUGUCGACCAUCGGAUCCACCUACAGCAGUCGCAGCGACGACGGCUCUACGCCUGGUACAAGUCCCUCGUCGGGAUACAAGAAGGAGGUGCUAGAGCCACUGCAACUCGCGUUGGAAGCGCCGUGGACGGACAAGAAGCGCGAGCUCAAGAGUCGAGCGAAGAAGCCACUGCCAGUGCCGUCGUUGGCAGCGUAUCGGAUGGAGCAGCAGAGGCGGUACGUGCAGCUGCUCCAGUCCGCAGCACCGCUCGGACCCCGUCGCGUGUUGCCGAUUGUCGCACCUCUGGAGCUCGUGCCGCCGAGUGAGAACGAGCUGCGGAGCACCAACUGCCUCAUGAAGUGCGUCAACGCCCUCGCACCGCUGCCUACGAUCGAUCAAUUGGCCGCCAAGCACUUGGUCAUCCACGAGCUCCAGCGGACAGUGGAUCUCUGGCUGCGUCACACGCUCGACGUCAUCCACGGAGUUUCGGCUGAUCGCGCCACCAAGUCGACGACGACAGCGACGUUGCUGAUCGGAGGCAGUUGGCACUUGAAAGUCGGCGUUGCUGAGUCGGAUCUGGACGUGGUCGCGCUCCUGCCGCAUGAGGUGACAGCCGACCUGUUCUUCAGCUCGCUCUGUGACCAUCUCGGUCGGGAAGCGUCGGUGUCGAAGCUCGUGGCCAGACGCAAGGCAGCGGUUCCCGUGCUCUCGUUCGAGCUCAGCACUGUGCGGGUGGACCUGCUCCUUGCCAGGUACGCCCAGCAGCAGGCUGUGCCGAAACACCUUCUGUGUCUGCCUGGAGAUGACGUGCAAGUCAUGCGUGGCAUGGACACGGCGUCGGUCCGGUCGCUGUCGGUUGCUCGCGUCGCGUCGCUCAUCCUUGAGCUCGUGCCGAACGCCAGCACUUUCAAGUCGUGUCUGCGGGUGAUUCGCCUCUGGGCAAGACGGCGCGGCUUGUACUCGAACAAGGCUGGCUUCCUAGGGGGCAUUUCCUGGGCUUUGCUCGUGUGCUUUGUGUGCCAAAUGUUUCCACGUGCAAGUGUCGCUGCACUCGUGCACCGCUUCUUUUCCGUGCUCGUGUCGUGGCAGUGGCCGACGCCGAUUCUCGUGGCUCAGCCGUCGACUAGCGUCGAUGCCAACGGCGUCGAGUGGGACCCCCUUCACAACCUUCACGACCGCGCACAUCUCAUGCCGAUCAUUACGCCGGGCUUUCCUGCAGUCAACACGGCCGUGAACGUCAACUUGUCGACAUUGCGCGUCUUGCGAGACGAGUUUGCGCGUGGGCAACGCAUCCUGGAUGACUUGAGUCGGUGCAGGUUUAACUACCCUACGCCAUGGAACCAGCUCUUCACUCCGACGGAAGUGCUGGUACGGUACGACCACCAUGUUGCAAUUGAGCUGCGGGCUUGUAACGAGGAAUCACUGGCGGAAUGGUCGAGUUUUGUUGCUAGUCGCACUCGGAAGCUGGUGGAGACGUUGCAACACACACCUUCGGUUGGUUCACUCCAUCCACUGCCCGAGAUCAUCCGGCCACAGCAUCCUGAGCCGCGUGCAGAUGGAGAGGUCGUGGGCUACUACUUUAUCGGGUACACGGUUGAUUCACCACCGAUGCCGGGGGUCCGACGUGGCAAUUGCAGACUCACUUGUGAACGACAGCGGAUGCCCUCGACCUCUGGUAAUGAAGAGUGGGCUCGAAACUGCAUUGCUUCCGCGACACGAUACUUCCUCGCAACGGAGCUCAAUGCUGCCACCGAGAAGAAGUGCGGCAUGGAGGUCGCGAUCUCCUACUCGUCGUGGAAUGAUCUCCCGAAUGCCAUUUUUCCGGGUGGUCGACCUGCUGCCAUUGGUGAUCGAGCACGGUAUAUCCUCAGUCAAGCGCACCAAAUGAACGUCGCUCAGGGCUUUGCUCGUUGA